AUGGGAAUGGAUUGUUUAUCAUUACAUGAUGUUGUGGUAAAUUGUAGACAUAAACGGAUUGAUUUGAGAUGUCAAUCAGAUGUGUUUCCUGAAGAAUUACUAGGAUUGCCACCAAAAUGUAAAGUUGAAUUCGUUAUUGAUUUGAUACUAGGGACUACACCGAUAUCAAUUCCACCGUAUAGAAUGACACAGACUGAAUUGAAAGAACUUAAAGAACAGUUACAAGAAUUAUUAGACAAAGUUUUUAUUCGACCGAGAGUAUCUCCUUGGGGUGCACCGGUACUUUUUGUAAAGAAGAAAGAUGGUUCAUUGAGACUGUGUAUAGACUACCGACAAUUGAACAAGGUAACAAUAAAGAACAAAUAUCUUUUGCCUCGUAUUGAUGAGUUGUUCGAUCAGCUAAAGGCUGCAACCGUUAACCAAUGUUCCUGCCGCUUCCAUGGAUUUGAUGAACCAGGUAUUUCAGCCUCGAUUCUGUGCGAGAAACAGUUGUAUGCAAAAUUCAGUAAAUCUGAGUUCUGGCUUCAGAAGAUUGGAUUCCUUGGACAUGUGGUUUCUGCAGAUGGGAUACGUGUUUAUCCAAGUAAUGUUUCAGCUAUUAUUAACUGGAAAGCUUCGAAAAAUGUUUUAGAGGUGAAAGUUGAACACCAAGUACAAUCAAGAUUAUUACAGCCUGUCACGAUUCCUAAAUGGAAAUGGGAGCGAGUUACGAUGGAUUUCAUAUCAGAAUUGUCUGUGACACCGAAGAAGAAAGACUCAAUUUGGGUUAUUGUUACAGAUUAA